CUGUACGUUAUGGCCGAUUAGGUUUGUGCGAGUAGUGAGAGGAUCGCAGCGAAUUAGUAUUGUUUUAUAUGCAGAAAAAAAAAAAAAUUAUAGUUGGGAUCGAGACCGGACUAUCGAGACAGUUAUAAGUUUAAAACUUACAGUAGUGUUAAGCCCUGUUUGCCCGAUCAAACGUAAGUACACCUAACUUCAAAUAUUUAAGAAACAUAUCUGAAAUAUCUGACAAUUUUUGUCAAAAUAUGUUUAGACAGACAUUGUUAUAAUUUUGUCAUCGUAUAUCAUGAUUUUGAAAUAAAAUGUACCCAUUUUAUACAAAUGCGAAAGACAUGUGGGAUACAUAAAGUUAUUUAAAUCAUACUUGUAACCAACGAAAAACGAUUCGGGGCGAAGUUCAGUUAUACAUGUUUUGAAAGGCCAUAAUAUUUACGAUUUUCGUCAGAAUUUGAUUUUAAAAUUCUUGUAAGAAAAAAAUAACUACUAAAUACUUCUCACAAUGAGCCUCCUGGUAAAUUAUCAAUCUUUUGUUGUAGAAAAGUUUUUCACAGACAAAAAAUAAAAAAAAAUAUAGACACGUCAUAGCAAAACUAGUUUAAUAUAAAUACAAUUUUUUGUGUAUAGAAUAUGCUAAAUAAAUGAUAAUUGAUGGUCACUAUCGAGCUAUUCGAUUAUUGAUCGCAUUUCAUCUAUUUGGUCCAUAGACAUAUUGAAGUAUUAAAAUAUGCAUAGAUAUAAUCAUAAUAUGAAAAUGUCUUUAGUUCGGUUAUGAAAAAAAAAAAUAUGAGAUUUCCAUAAACUUUAAUAUUUUUUUUUUUUUUUUUCAUGCAAAAUCCAAACUAUCGAUAGUAUAUAAACUGGAAAUAUCCAAACUGUGUACACUGCAUCGCAGUGUCGCGAUUAAGCGCGUACUUUACAGGGACACCUUGACUUAUAAAAAUUGAUUUAUAAUUUAUUAUAAUUUUUUUCAAAUAUUGUCAAUUUCAAAUUGAAUCUUUUACAAAAAUUGUAUUAAGUCGACCGUAUGCUUAUACUGUAUUAUAUUGUAUUCAAUCAAAUUAUAAAAACUGAUUAUCAAUGAUAGUAUUGAUUUUGCAUGUUUUUGUUUUUGUAUUCCUCGUUGUAUUCAUGGUAGGGUACCGUGACUGAAUUUAAUCAAAAAAAUAAAAUAAAAUAAACUAUUCUAAUGUAUUAUUAUUUUUAUCUUUUCAAUUAAUUGUAUAAUUUCUCCAAAGCAUUACAGUAUUCAACCUCCUUGAAAAACUUACCAUUUUAACCAUGGACGGCAUUGAGAUAUGAUAUCAGAAGACGAUAAUAUGUUUGAGAGGGAAAAUCAUUUUGGCACAACUGUAGUGUUUGUUAUUCAAACUUCGAACGUUUUUAUUAGUCAUUUUUAUCAUAGUAUUUGUUGUGAUAUUACGUUAAGUCAAGUCCUCCAAACCAUGUUCAAUUAUAAAUUAUUUAUAAUUUACUGUAAUAAUUUUUGUAAUGCAAUGGUUAUUUGUUUACUAAUGCUUGUAUUUUUUUUUCAAGUAUUCAACGUUGGUUAAUUUCACUAAAUAGACCAAGAUCAAUUUGAAAACAAAUUUGUUCAACCUUCAACUUUGUGUGGUGAUUAUUCAGAAUUUCUUCAAAAUGGGAGAGGAAAUAAAUUUCACAAAAGGAACAGAAAUUCUUAUUUGGACGUCUGACGGUCUAUGGUAUGAUUAUCCAUUACAUUUUAAACGUUAAUAUGGUUUUCUUUUAUGUUUGGUUACCAAUAAUUGUAACCAUGAUUUAACAUAUUGUUUUUUCUUUCUUAAUAAGAUAGGUAUAUAAUCUUAAUAAGUCAAACCCGUUUUUAAAUAUUUUUUCAAUAAAUUAUUAAAAGUACAUAUAUGAAAAUUUAAAUGAUAACAUUACCAGAUUACCAGACCUAUUAAUACAUAUUUUUUCUAUAAUCAAAAUAGUAUCAUAUGCGUAUAAGUUGUAUGCAAUUGCGGUCACUUCAUGUAUAGUGUAUAUCUAAAUUGCGAUAAAUUUAUAAUGAUAAUUAUUUUUUCAAAAAAAAAUCUACAAUUUUAACCAUACAUCCAUACCUCUAAUAAAUCUACUUUUAGGCAGUCCUACCUUUGCGAUAUCAAUGGAAAGGAAAAUAUUGAUUAACCCGGGAGAGGUGUCGUUGGUCUUUUUGACCUAUAUAUUAUAAAUUGUUUUCAAUUGCUGAAAACUAUUAACAUAUUUGGGUAUGUUAUAUAUAAUACACACAUUAUAAUGUACGCUAUAUAAAUGGGAGACCACCCUAAAGCCUAACCUUUUCCUAAUGUAAAUCUUCAGUUUGUUUCUCCAUAAUUCAAUAAAUUAUAAUAAAUAAUAAAGUAAAAACAAAAUUAUUAAAAAUGGUUUAAAUAAUUUGUCCUAUUAAAAUAAAUUAUUUCUAUAUUCUAUGUAAAACAACCAAUUUUUAAAUUUGUUUUUUCUAUAUAUUCCUUAAUUUAAUUUUUUGAAAUUUUCAUGAAAUUUUAAUUCAAAACCGGUCAUAUAAUACACUUAUCCUAAUACUCCAUGCGAAACAUUGAUUCAUUUAUUUAUUUUAUUUUUAUUUACUUUAUUUAAAUUAUAAUAGGUACUUAUGAACUCAAUAAUUAACAAAACUAGAAAUAUUACAAAGGUUAAAAAUUAUAAAACAAAUAAUUUAUAAAACGAAAAACCAUGAUCGGUAUUGGCGGAAAGAAUGACCGAUUAUUACUGAAAUUGUUCAAUUGAAGCGAUAGUGAUAAAAAGUUUUAUUGAAAAUCGCAUAAAAAUGAUAGUGCAUAUGUGUACGAAAAGUAUAGAAAAUACCUAACGUGUCGAGUAUUAUAUCAUUAGAUAAUUACUAAACUAAAAAUAGCUUCGAUCAAAAAGACCAACGACACCUCUCCUGGGUUAAUUAAUUGUUGUAAACAAAAUUUCAUUUUUAAUAUAAUAUUUAUUCAAAAAGUAACAUUAUUUCACAUUUAAUAUGAAGAAUAGUAACUGAGUGACCGCAAGUGGUAGAUAACAUUUUUGUUGGGUGACCGCAACUAGAAAGUAUUUUUUAUUUUGAAUGACAACCAGUCAACAUAAUUCAACUGUUGUUUGGGUGUCUUUCAUAUUUUAUCUCUUUAAAUUAGAUCCAUAAAUAAGUAAAUCCAUAAUACAGUAAAGUUAUUAAAGUGAAUACCAUCAGUUUUAUUUCUCAUUAGGUUGAAUUAAUAUAUUUUUAUGUUAAUAAUAUUUUCAAUUAAAAUAAAUGAUUAUGCUGAAGUCUAUCUUUAAAGGAAAAAUAUAUUCUGAGUAGAUCUUUAUUAAAAAAAGUUAUUAACUAUUAUUUUCAAAUAAUUUCAUUACUUGUUGCAUGAAAGCAACAAUAUGCAAUAAUUUUAAUUGUUUAAGAUUGUUUAAUCUUAAUUGUUUAAACAAAGACAAUUCAUAUUCAAAAUUAAGAAAUUAUUAAUAAUAAAUACCUUAUAUAAAAUUUUUUCUCUAUUUUAGGAUUCCAGCUAUUGUAGAAGAAGAUGAUUAUAAUGAUAUAUAUGUAGUUUAUAAAGAUGGCAAAACUGCAAGUGAAUGGAUUAAUAAAACCAGCCAUCUUAUGAAACUUGGGAAUAAUGGAUUGGUAAAGAAAGUCAAAGAAAGGUAAGAAUAAAUUCUAUUAUUAUACUUACUUUUAAAUCAUGGUCUAUUUAAAUAAUGUUUUUAUAUAUAUAUAUAUAUAUUGAUAUUAUAGCUUUCCUGAAAAUAUAGACAUACAAUCAGUGAUUUUCAAAGGUUCAUCUCCGCUUCCAGUAACAUUUGAAAAAGAAAUAACAAAAAAACCUACGGCAAAUACUCGAUCCUCUGGUAUAUUUAAAGUCAAAUUUAAAAAAGAUGAUUUUUUAACAAAAAAAACACAAGGUAUAUUUCAAAAAUUAUUUUGUAUUUAUAUAUACAAUUUUUUAGUAUUAAAAUUUGGGUGAUAUGUAUACCUAGAGACCCUAUAUAUAAGAGAAAUACACUUUUAUAUUCAUUUGCACAUUAUCAGAGUUCAAAACUUAGAAAGUCAAAAUUUGAAAUUUGUAAUAUAUUCUGUGACACGUGACAUUAGUGUAUAUUGUAAUAUGAUAAUAUUGAUAAAUUUAAAAAUGUCCACGUUUUGCUGCCUUCUCAUUCUGCGUUAAAAGCAAAAUUAUAUUUUUACAUACAAUACGUAUGAAUUUAUUCCAGUUUUUAUUAUACAAUGUGCUUUUGUUUUAUUUUUAUGCCAAAUCUGGUUGUUAUCCUAUAAGCUGGCCCCGUUUAUUUAUCUAGUCUUUAAUAUUUUGGUAUACUUAAAUUAAAUUUUUUAUUAUGUAUAUUGAAAUAAAGAUUUAAUUUUUAUGGUCUUUUAGUAAUUUACUUUAUUUAUAAUGGAGUGUUUAAAAGAGAAGUCACUUAAACAUGGCAUCAUUAAAUUUCUUAAUUCUUCAUUUUUUUGAAAUUUCUUGGUUUAAAAAUAAAUUUUUGAAUUGUUAACAUUUUACGUGUUCCUUUAAAAAUUUUAACAAUUAUGUUUGAAAUAAAAGAAAAGCUGCUCAACAAAGAUUAUAUAUUGUAUUGUUUUAUAGAUUCUAAACUUAAGGAACAAAAAGCCAUCAAAAAAACGGAGUCAAAACAACUCUUCUUAAAUAAUUCUGUACGUAUAAUUUUUUAUUUUUAAAGAUUAUAUACACCCAAUAAAUAUAUAAAUAGCUAUUAGUUCACUGUUCACACAUUAAAUGUAUAUUAUUUAUGGUAUUUCAGAAUUUUUUUUUUUUUUAAUCUAAUGUUAUUCUUGUGAUAUUUUGUUUCUUAGAGAUAAUAAUGUACCCCCAUUUUGUUCAUAUUUUUUAAGGUUCGAAAAUUGAGUUUUUUUGUUUUAAUUUUUAAUGCAAGAUUGUUGAAUGAAAAUUAUCAAAAGAAAAAACAAAAAAAAUAUAUAUUUUUUCAAAUUAAAAAAUUUUAAUUUGACCUCUUGUUUAAUCUUUAAAAGUAAAUUUUUGGAUAAUUUUGUUAAAUCAGCCGUUUUAACCACUCUUAAAUAUAUUUUUUAGGAAUUAAACACAUUUUUAACAAUUUUCUCCAUUUAGUUACCAAGAAAAUGGUUAUACAAUUAUAGUUACACUUGAUAUGACUAAGAAAUAAAAUAAUUUUACAAUUAUUAUGAAAGAGUAUUGAAUAAAUAUGAAAAAUAGAAAUUUUAUAUCAAUUUGAUAUCAUUGAUAGCAUUGAAAAAUUGUUUGAAAUCUACUUUGUUGUCUGUAUUUAAUGAUUAUUGGCUUUAUUACUACAAUGGUCGAUAAAAAUACUAUAUGUGUUAUUAUUAUGCAAAUAAUCUGAUUUUAGUUAUUAGAUAGUUUCAGUAUAAAUUACGAUGUCUGCGUCGAAUAAAUCUUAUGUUUGUUUAUUGUUUUUCCCUUAAAUUCAAAGAUUAAUAUUCAUGAUAAGUAAAACAGUUAAUAUCAGAAUGUGAUGCAAGACCCGAUUAUUUUAUGUCAUCUAACAAUAGAAAAAAAUUAGUUAAUUUUAUCAAUUAACUAUUUUUCACCCACAUAGUCAUUACAAUAAAUGACUGCUGUUAUUUCUUGGAGAAACAAGUGCUGAAAACCUGAUUGUAAUAUAUGCACUAAAAGUUCAUCACCAUAAUUAUUUGUUUAUAAUAUACAUAUUCAGAAAUUAGCUCCAAUUACAAACAAAAGAAAUUGAUUAUCUCUGUCAAUUUAAUCUUUUCAUAGCUAGUUUAUUAAAAAAAAUUGGUAUACUUGGAGUCCAAUUUUGGCACCAUUAAAUGACUUAAAGUUAGUUGUUGAAAGAUCUCGUGUAAUACAAAAAUGUCAACAAAAAAAUAGCUGAACUGGCAUUUAAGAUAUUUUCUGAUCAUUUAUGGUAUCUGAGUGGGUUACUUUUGGGAUUAGCAUUGUUUGAUUUUUUUGUACCAGUAAAAAAAAGAAGAGAAAUUUUCACAGCUAUAAACCUAAAAGGUAAAGUUGAUCCUGCUCAUCGACUAAUAGUAGACAAAAAUACUAUUUUAAACAAGCAGUGAUCUCAUUUUGUUAGCAAGAAUAGUUUUUCGAUUUUUAAAACAAAUAAAAUUGUUUUGAAAUUCAUGAAAAAAGGUUCGAGUACAUAAGAGAACAAUCCAGUAAACAUUAAAGCUAGGACAGUUCAAAGUUGGAAUAUAAUCAAUGAUCUAGCGAAAAAAGGGUUACAUUGGUGCAAGAUUUCAAUCCAGUUCUCACUAAACGAUAAUUGGUACAAGUUGUAAAAAUGUACUUAAAAAAAAUUAUUAGAUUUUUAAUAUGCAACACAAUUUUUCUUUAUUAAAAGGAAAACAAAUUCUGAAUUUUUAAAUAUCGCACCUUAAUUUUUUCAUAUGAAUAAUAAUAAUUUUAUUUUUUAUUUUAUUUACUCAGCUAUGUAGCUACACACCAUUAUGUUGAAUUAUAAAAUAAAUAAUUGUAAAAAUAAUUUUAUUCGAAUACAUAUCAAGUGUAGCUCACUAUACUAGUAUAACCUUUCUUUUAACUAAAUGGAGAAAAAGUUAGAAAAAUUGUCAACCCCUAUAAAAUGUAUUUAAGGGUUAAUUUAUCAAAAUUACUUUUUAAGGUCUAAAUGAGAAAUAAAAUUUAGAUUUUUUUUUUAUUUGAAAAAAAUAUUAGUAUAUUUGUUUUUUCUUCUGAUAAUUUGUAAUCAAAUGAUCUCGCCUUAAAAAUUAUUAUUUACAUAAAUAAACAAAAAAAAAAAAAAAAAAAACGAUGCUUCUGGGUACAUUAGUAAGCAACGAACACAAUAUUAUAAGAAUAAGAAUAUCUGAUGACAAAUUUCUGAAACACCUUAAUGUACAUAAACAUAAUUAUGAUAAAUUUGUUUACCCUUUUUUAAAUUUGAAAAAAAAAAUUAUGAAUAUAUAUUUUAUGCAUCCCGGACAAUUGAACUUUAUUAAUUAAUUUUUAUUAUUUUACUAUUUAUAUUUUCAGAACAAUGAAAAACAUUUUACCAACUCAUCUUCAAAACAUUCACCAAUUGUAGAGAAUUCAGAAAUUGAACGUGGAACAAGUAUUUAAAACUUUUUUUAUUCUUGGUUGUCGAGAAAAUUAUUAUUAUUAUUACUUUGUUUAACAAAAAUGCAGGUAAAGAAAUUGUGAAUUCUCCAAACAAUUCAAAACAGCUUAAUGUAACUAAUUUAUUGAAGCCAGAAAACUUUGAAGAGCUAUUGGAAGAUAUUGAAGCAGAAGCCAAAAUUUGUUCACCAUCAAAAAAUAUUUUGCAUAGCAAUAUAAAACAAAAGAAAAAAAGUAAGCAUAUUAUUUAUUGUUUAACAAAUAUUUUAUUUUAUUUUAUUAUUUUUUUUUUUUUUUCAAAGGGAAAAAAUUAAUGUUUGGCCUGCGAAGACGUACUGAUAAAAGAAAAAGUUUAACAAAACUUAAUGACAGUAAAAAAAAACUAUUAGUGGUUAAAUUAAAUCCACUUAAAACAAAGUAUGUUAAUAAUUUUAUAAUUUUACUUUGUUAAAUUUUUGUAAAAAUUUUUACAUUUCCAGGAAAAAUGAUAAUACACUUUUAAGUAAAUCUAACAAUACAGAUUCUGCAGAUACAUCGAUAACUCCACCAAAAAUGAAGCCUUCUAUUCCAAUGAGUUCAUCUGAUAAUUCAUUAUGCCAGACUCCACCAUCUUUCCAUCAAAUAGCUCAUAAUAGUAUUUUACAAAAAAGUAAAUUGGUUUUUAUGUUUAUUGUAUUUCAACAAUUUGAUUACUUAAAAAUUCUUCUUCAAAAAAAAAAUACAAAUUAAUAAAAUAAUUCAUAUUUUAACAUCUAUAAGUUUGUUUAAGAAAAAUCUAUAAUCAAAAACUUUCUACUUUUAUUUUUAUUUUUCAUGCGAAUAAUAAGUCUCAGGAGUUUGAUUAUGAUAUAUAAAUUGGUUUUUUUUUUUUUAAUUUAAUUUUUUAGUUAGGGCAGAGGCUUCAAAUGAACAAGGUUUUAGGUGUCCAAAACAAGAAUGUCGAAAGUUGUUUCGUAAAGAAAACCUACUAAUGGUUAGUCUUUUAUAAAUGUUUAAUGUAGAUUACUAAUGUAUAUUAUUUAUUUAGAUGCACAUUAAACACUAUCAUGCCGAGUACACUGAAUUAUUGGUCUCUACUCCAAAUGUAACAGAUCUUGCAACAGCAAGAAUCGAGGGUGAAAACGUUGAUGAACUCUCUCCAUCCUAUUUCUUAAACAGAAUAUCUCAACUAGAAGCUAAACGAAGUUUGGCUAGCACUUCAUUUAAUUCACCAUCUCCAAUUACAACAUCAUCUAUGAAAUUUACAGAGUUUGUAUUUUUUUACUCGAUUGCACACUAUGAUAUAAUUUUAUGUACAAUUAAAUUUAUCAUUUAAUAUGAUAAUUGAAUACCUUGAAACAAAUAUUAUUUCUUGCAGACAAGUACCUGAUAAUAAUAUUUCCAUUCAAUCUGAAAACUAUGUCACAUCUUUAACGUCCACCGAUAACAGUAUAACCCAAGCAUAUGAUUCAAAGUAUUAGUUAUUAUUUAUGAAGUCAUUUUUUUUUAUAAAUUAGGUUCGAUUUAUUUUUUUUAGGGAUUCUGGUUUCUCUGGUUGUGUGGUAUCUAUUAGUCCAAUAAUUGAAAGUCCAGUUAAAGAAUAUGUUCAACUAAAAGAACCUAUUAAAAGAAUAACUGCAAAUAAUAAUUUUGAAAUUGAAACACACAGUAAAAUUAUUAAUUAUUUAAAAUAAUUCUUAUCAUUAAAUUUAUGUAAAUUUAAUUAAAUAUAUUUCUGUGUUAUUCAGACAACUAUACUACCAGUGCAAUAGGUGUAGAUCGACAUUUUAAAAUAAAGAAAAAUAAGUCUAAUGUUGAGUCUUUACUUAAAGAGGAGGUAAUUAAUUGUUCAUGUGGUUCAAAUCAAGAAGAUGGUUUAAUGAUACAGGUAUUAUUUAAGGCAUUUUUUUAAUAAACUAAAUAUAUUUUAAUUUAAACACUUAAUUUGAUUGAUUUCAAAUUUAUUUUUUAUAUCUUGUUUUACAUUUACAUAUACCUACAUUUUACUUUUAUUAUAGUGUGAUGUUUGUUUAUGCUGGCAACAUGGUUAUUGUAACAAAAUUGACUCUGAAGUUCAAGUACCAGAUAAUUAUGUUUGUAAUAGUUGUUUAAAUCCUUCGAAAAAGAGACGAUCAAAACAAUACGAUUAUUUACAAGAUUGGAUCAAAGAAGGAAAAGUUGCGAGGUGAGUUAUCAUCAUUGACAUUGUUUUGUGACUUAACCAUGAUAGAAGUUGCUAUGGUAUAAUAUGUAUAAUAUACUGAGUAAUCCUAAAUAGUAUGGUCCAUGAAACAGUUGUCUAUUUUAUUAUGUGUAGACUCUUUAGAUAAUAGUAUUCAAUGUUCAUACCAGUGGUCCCCAUUAGGAUUUUGGAAACCGCCAAAUAUUAUUUUUCUAAAUUGCAGGCUACAUAAAGUAAAUCAGUUUAAAUUUGUGUAAUGUUGACCUUAAAGAAGGGUCUUAAUUGGGCAUAUUGCUUUUAUUAAAUUUAGUUUUACACAAAUUGUUAUAAUUUUUUUUAAAAAGAAUAUCUUUAGGUUUUGAAUGAAAAAUAUAUAUUUAUUUAGGAUUGAAACCCAAGACUGAUUAUAUGUUGGAAUAUAUUUUGUCAUGGAAUGAUAAUUUUUAACAUUUUUAUAUAGUUGAAAAGUUUUUAAAUAAAAUAAAAUGAAUGCAUAGCAAUAUUAUUGAGCUGUUUUCAUUAAAGGUAUCCCCAGCUAUGAGGAAGCUUGAUUCCAAUGAUUCCUACAGGCUUUGCCAUUCGAAAAUAAAUGUUUGCAAUUCCCAGUUAGGCUUUUUUUAUGUGAUAGCAAAAAAUAAAUCACUGAGAUAAAAAUUAAAAAAAAAAAAUUUUUCUAACAAAAUUUGAAACAUUUAUUAUUGUCAUUGAUAUUUCAGUUUACUUAUGUAAUUUUUUCGACUUCAUUGUCAAUUUGUUCACUUUAAUCAUCAUUCGUAUUUAAAGAAGACAUUUUUUUUCUUUGCUCGGUUCUUCAGUCUCGUGAUUGUCUUCAAGAUAGCAUUCUAUGUUCAAAUUAUGUAUUUAUUAUUCAAUUGACUUAGUCCUAAGUCUAGUUAAAAUUUAUUUAAAAUAAUAUUUUCAGUUCUAAAUUAUUGUAAUUCGUAAUAAAAAAAAUUAUGCAUUUAAACGGCAUCAUUUUCAUUUAAAAAUAUUCCAAAUGUAUACCUCCUUUAUUGCAAUAAUUGGAUGAAAAAAGAAAUUAAUUCUUUAUAGACAUAUUUAAUUAAUUUUACUAGUAUUACCUGAUCAAAAAACUUAAUUUUUAAUACUGUUUUAUAUAUACAUGUAACUUUUAAAUAUAUACUAUUGUCAUUACAAUAAAAUAUGAAAUACCUUGUAUUUAUAUCUGUAUUUGACUUUGAUCCAGCGUUUUACAACAUAAAGAUGAGCGACGAAGAAAAGAUGAAAAUAUUUUGAAACAAUCUCACCAAUUAGUUGCUGAGGUGGUUGAACACAGCAAUUAUUUACACAGUCUUUUAGUUAAAACUGCAAUUUAUGGGUAUGCUAUUUCCUUAUUAUUAUUUGAUUUUAUUUCAAUUGAACACAUUAUAUAAUAAUUGUAUAUUAUGUAUUAUGUGUUUAUCUUUUUUGUUAAUAGUCAAACCCCUGAUCAUCCUAAACUCUAUUUAUGGUCUGAACAAGGUACAAAGAGAAAUGAAGAACCGCCUCAAGAUAAAUUAGAAGAAUGUAGGUUUACUUUAUGGUAUUUUUAUUCCUAUAUCAAUUUAAAUUUUGACAUUGAUAACAAACAUAUAACAAUUUAUUUUUUACAUAUUUUUUUAUUCAUUUUUUACUGAAUUACUAGGGAAACAGCGCCUUAAAUUUUUAUUUUAAAUACGUACAUGUAUACAGCCAAUAUUAUGUAGUGCAUAGAAAAAAUUUGAAUUGUCAUUGAUUUUAGACAGACUUUUGUUAUGGUAAAGACUUCGAUAAAUUUAAAAACCUAAGGCACCUGUCAGAUUGAUAUAUUUCUGGCCUAUAUUUAUUUUGAUGAUAAUAUGGAUUAAAUGUUUUUUUUAAAAUUAUUAUUAAUCUUCCUGAAGUAUAAAUAUUAGCCUUAAUAAUUCAGUUUUUUCAUUAAAUAUUAAUCAUAUAAAGUUUUUUAUUGAUUUUGUUAUUGAUGUACAUCGUGGAUCUAUUAUGGAUCCUAUUUAAACAUAAAAUAUUUGCAACUUCUUGCACAGGGUAUAUUGAUAUCUUAUUAAAAUUAUUGGAUAGUUACGUCCUUAUGAUUUGUGAACAUACAUUUAUUUAUAACAUGUUUUAACUUUAUUGAACUUAUAAUAUUUUAGUACUUUCUGGUCCAAUACCUGAAAAACCAAUUAAUACAGCUGAAUGUCGAAAACACUUGCUUGAUGAAAUUGAAGAUGGUAUGAAUAAUUUAGAAGCAAGAACUAACUUAUUUGAAGCUAAAACUAAUGGUACUUGUUAUUUUUUGUUACUUUAUCAAAAUAAAAUUUAAUGAUUUAUUAUUAAAUAUUUUUGUAGGACUCGAGGAUCAAGUUAAUGGCAUCGUAGAUGAUGAGGUUUUAUCAGCUACCAUUACUAUGUUAUUACGAGAUUUGAGUUCCAUGCGACAUUAUAUGUCAUUAGAAAACAAAAACAAAGAUUCGGACAAUGUUUAAUACAUAUAUAAGAAAAUAAUAUAUAAUAUAAAUACUGAAAAGCCAGGAAAAUAUGUUUUAACAUUUUAAAUGGCACCUUAUCAAUUUGUAUUUUGUAGUUGUAUUAACACAAUUUCAUAAGUUAAAAUUGCUCCCGCAACCUAUAAAAAAAAAAUGCAUGUAAAUAAUUAACAUUUAAGUAACCCAAAUCAUUACUUACUCCUAAUAGGAAAUUCCUUGUGAUUGAAAACAUUUUUAAUCCUGUUAGAGCUACGUAGUCCGAUGUAACUUCUUGUAAAAAUCUCUGGGUCUUAAAAAAAAAAAAAUAGUUUUAUUGAAUGUUUUUAUAAUCAUAUAUAUUUAAUUAGUUAUAUAGAUAUAUUUAUUAACAAAUAUUUUUAUUAUUCAAAACAUUAAAUUGUGUAUUUAUAAAAUAUUUU